CUCCCUUCCCUGCCAUCCGCGCCGAGCCGAGCCGAGCCCAGUCGAGUCGAUCCCUCCCUCCUUCCCUGUUUCAUCAUAGGCGCCAGCUGCAUCAUUUGCGCAGCAGUCCUCUUGCUCUCCCUUCAGUGCUGCUGGUGGCCGCUUCUAGCGCUUCUGGCACUGAUCAGUGCUGUUCCUUGGAGCUCGUUUCGGCUCCUUGGCAGGUUUUUUGUCAGUGACAGAUUCAUCAUGAUGGCUGCGAGGUGCAGCAUGUUGGGGCUGAGUAUUGCGCCGUCAGGACUCGAAGCACCGAGAUGGCCAGGUUGCAGUCCCACGCAAAGCACGAGUGCAACAUUUUCCCUCUCAAGUGGGCUCAGAGGGCUAGCUCUUCCACCUCUCAGAAGUCAGAUAGUGCAGAAACCACGCGUCCUCCGAACAUGCGCAACGGCCGCUCCUAUGUCGACACAGUUCACGAAAAUUCCUGGGUUUACUCAGAUUGGAGAGCCGAUCAUUGACCCACUUACUUUAAGUGAAGUAGUGAAGAGCUUGCCAAAAGAGGUAUUUGAAAUUGACGAUGUCAAGGCGUGGAAGAAUGUCGCAGUUACCCUUAUAGCUGUGGCUCUUGGUUACGCUGCUCUUGCAGUUUUACCAUGGUAUCUGUAUCCUGCAGUCUACGCAUACCUGGGAACAGCGAUGACAGGUCUUUUCGUUAUCGGUCACGAUGCUGGCCAUAACUCUUUCUCAAAGAAUCAGCUUAUUAAUGACAUCGUAGGAACAGUGAUGUUUAUGCCGCUGAUCUUCCCGUUUGAGCCCUGGAGAAUUAAGCACAACACUCACCACGCCCACACCAACAAGUUGGUCAUGGACACAGCAUGGCAACCAUUCAGGCCAUACAUGUAUGACCGUUCGAAAGGAGUGGCAAAAUUUAUGAUGGAGGCUUCCAUGGGACCCGCUUGGUGGUUUGCAUCUGUUGGACACUGGCUUUUCUGGCAUUUUGACCUAUCGAAAUACAGGGCUCAAGAUCACAAUAAAGUGAAGGUAAGUUUGGCUGCCGUUGCUGCAUUCGGCGUUUUUGCUCUGCUUCCACUGCUAUACUUCACUGGUCCUCUGGGCUUCGUGAAGUGGUGGGUACUGCCCUGGUUGGGUUUCCAUUUCUGGAUGAGUACAUUUACACUAGUACAUCAUACCGCACCCCAUAUUCCUUUUAAGCAGUCCCGUGAAUGGAAUGCUGUUGAGGCUCAGCUUAACGGUACCGUUCACUGCGAGUACCCGGCAUGGAUUGACUUCCUCUGCCAUGAUAUCAGUGUCCAUAUCCCUCAUCACAUCGCAUCGAGGAUUCCCAGCUACAACCUUCGCAAGGCCUAUGCCUCCCUUCAGCAAAAUUAUGAUAAGCACCUCAAUAAAGCAGAGUUCGGGGUUCCCCUUAUGACUACUAUUCUAACCCAGUGCAACCUAUUUGAUGAGAAGAAGAAGAAAUGGGUGAAAUUUGACAAAUCAAAGCGAGACGAAGCCUCUUUCGAGACUGCGAUGGAAUAGUUCAAUAAAGUAAUGUUUCACUAUAAUCACCGCA